AUGGAUGAAAUGAUGCUGCCAGCUGAAAUUGUUCAUAGUUGGUGCUUGACUUUAAUAUUUCUCAAAUUAAUCGCAAGUAAAAAUGUAUCGAAAGAUCAAUGGAACGAAUUUUUAUCUGAUAUGUCAGAGAAAAGUGAACAUGAAGAAAGACCUUGGGAUUAUUGGCAUCAACAAAAGGAACAGGAACACUCAUAUUCGUUUAUGGAUAAUUUGGAAAGUAUUCAGCGACGUGUACCUAAAAAUAAUGAAUUACUUACUCCAAAUCAAUUUAGCAUUAAAGAUUCUGCUACAAAUCAAGCAAGUGAUACUUUUACCACAGAUCCACCGUUAUACAAUAGCCAUGAAUUACUGAGAACUUAUCGACCAGCACUGCAACAAUCGUUGAUGAUCAAGGAAUCUUUGCAGCAUGAAAAUGGAUUAGUUUUGAUGCCAGAUAAUGUAAAUGGUUCUACUCUUCAAAUAACGCCAAUGAUGUCUUCGGAAAUGAUGCAUAAAUUAAAUGAUAAUAAAAUAUUUACUAAUAGUGAUCAAAAAAAACAGACGUCAUUUCAAUUUGCUGCGGUAUCGAAUACUAGUAAUAUGCGUCAAAAGGAUCUUUAUGGUGUUUCAACUAGCCAGAAAAAGUUACGGCCAUCUGAAACUGCUGAUGAAUCAAUUUUCACCACCAAUCUUGGAUAUCAACAAAAUACUCAAAAUGCCUCGUCAUCUAUGAAUAAAAAAAAGUUAUCAUUUCCUGACCGUACUAUCAUGACAGACACUAAUAAAGUACUUCAACAACAAGAUCCUUUUGCUCUCUCAAGAAAACAUGAAUUGCUAUUGCCAUCUGAUAAUAUUACUAAACCAAAUACCACUAUGGGUCACCAGGAAAAAUUUUAUUACAGUACUCCAAAUAAUCCUGAGAAAGAGCGACCACAAUCCCAGUUUACUACUGCAGCAGCUACUGACACAGCGAAGCAAGAAAAAUUCAAUGUUGGUACAUCGAGUGAUUAUCAUGAAGAACCAUCAACUUCUAAAUUUCCUACUAUAUCAAGUACCAAUCUGGUAGAGCAACAAAAAUUUCACCAAAGUACCCUGAAAAAUCCACAGAAACAACUGACACCAUUCAAGCCUGAUGAAACAACUGACACCAUUCAUGCAUUCAAGCCUGGUAUUAGUAGAAAUGUAUUACAACAGCAGAAACCUCCAUAUAAUACUUUAAAAAGUCAACAAAAACCGUUAUUUAAACCGACCAGUUCCCAACAUAUUUUUAUGCAACAUCGCGUAGGGGAUUAUUAUGGUACUUCAGUGAGCGCAAAAAUAGCUCCAUUCCCAGCACGAACAUCUACUUCAUCUCAUGCUCUUAUAGCACCUCCGCAGAACUUGCAACCAGGAUUUGCAGCUCCAAAAGUGAUUACGAUACCUCAUCGGUUAGAAGAAUUUCCAUUGGCUCCUACCAUUUCAUCCAAUGCAUUUAUAUACUCUAAGCAGAAUCCCAGAAUACCGUCGUUUUCACCUAUUCCUGUCACUAACAACAUGAUGAUAUCUAGAUCAGGUGAACCCAUCAUCGUUGAUGUACCAUUUCCAGUAAUGGCUUCUGAAUUAAGUCCUACCGUAGUUACUGCACAACAACCAUACUUUCAAUCUAAGCAUGACGCAUUCAGCCCAUUCUCAUCAGCAGAUUACUAUGCAACGCCUGUGCACGUAACGGCUUCAAAACCACAAACUUCAUCAACACAUAAAACUACAACUGAAAAUCAAAUGACUCAAUUAACGACAAGUACAUUACCAACUACAACACCAAAGCCAGAACGAAAUGAUGCUGUUACGCAAGCAAUCAUUAACCACACUCGAAUGUCCACUACUUUAUUGCCUGCAGUCACUCGCAUGCCAUGCUGCCCAUGUUGUGGAACCACACAAAAGUCUGAAGAUUCUUGUGCAUCAUCAUCUUGCAACUCAGAACAACAGCAACAACCAUGUUGUGGUGCACAACCAGUACAACCAAUACCUACUCCACCGUGUUGUCCGUCACCUCCACCAUGCUGUCCACCACCUCCUCGCCCACAGUGUUGUUCACCACCUCCAGCACUGCCAUGUUGUGCACCAAUUCAACCAAUUUGUUGCCAACCUGUAUUUCCUUGCUGUAACAAUAUCGUGCCUAUUCAACAGCACGUUGGUCAAGAAAGGACAGCUAUUGAGAAUGGCGGUUCAUCAUACAACACUGCGCCAUUUGUGGGACAUAGCAUGGGUAUGGUGCAGCCAAGAUCAACUUUUGGUGCUAUUGAAUCUUAUGACAGUCUAAAUCCUACUUCGCCAAAUUUACCAUUCAGUCAUGAACCAUACAGUGUUGGCAUACCUUACAAGACUUAUAGUAUUGUAACCAAGCGUAAGUUAUUCCGUAGUGGAUUUAAGAAGCGCAAAAAUUCGCGGAACAGGUUGCGUAUGCGACGAGAUACGCUGGAUAUACGUGCUAGAGCAUGUCUCACGUGUUUGACUGAUAGAAGAAAAGUUCUUGCUAAAAUAAAUCGACAACCGAAAAUACUUGUGCAGUUGCAAUCAAUGAUGCAACAUCAAGAACCAGUAAAAUGUGAUGCUUGUAGAAGUGAAAGUCAGUACAAACGACGCGUCAAAAGGCUGGGCUGCAUUCCAUGCCACCUUCGAAUGAAACGAGAACUUGAAAUCGAAGACGAACAUAAGCGCACGAAACGAUUAGGCUGUAUUCCAUGCUUCCGCAAAAAACGAGAAAGUGAAAUGGAAAAGGAACACAGGCGAGCAAAACGAUUGCGUAAGAUUAAUUCACAGGGUUGCAUUCCGUGUCACAUCAGAAGAAAACGAGAAAUUGAAAUUGAGAACGAGCAUAAACGAGCAAAGAGAUUGAACGACAAUGAUGACUUCGAUAUCAAUAAUUAUGAUAUCAGUGACUUCAAAGACUUGCCAACAGGAGUAGAAAAUGAAGAAGCAAGUGAUGUGGCAACUGAUUCUUCUGUCUAUGAGCAGAGCAAACACAGAUCAUCAAAAAAAGGAUAUCGAUCACAGUAUGGAUAUAGUUUCGAAUCACCAUAUAUUUGUGACAAAACUUGUUGUGAUUUUUCCAGAUGUCCGCCAAUCCCACUGGAAAUGAAAGAAAAUGUAUAA